AUGAAUCGUUUAUUUCCGCGAGCAGAGGACUUGAAUCAAGAGGAGGUUGAUUAUGAAUUGAUGAUUCGGAAUCAACCUCAGGAAACAUUCUUGUUGGAUUUUGUCGGAAAGCAAAGAGUUCUAAGAAGUUUGUUCAGAGAAGACCAAAGUGAGGGUAGGAACUACCGCUGCAAUGUUAACAUAAGAGACGAAGCGUCUUAUGUAGAGGGUAGAAUGUCGUGUCUCGAGAAAUCAUUGUCCAAAAAAAGUGAACCAAGGUUAGAGUCGAAAGUGUUACAUUAUUGGUAUCGUGUGAAACGGGCACUUGCUACGAACGACGAAGAGAAAAAAAUGCGUAGGGACUUAACAAGACGUAUUGAAAGUUUAAUGCAAGACUUCCAGUUCGGACCCCCACUGUCGCCGGUCAAGGACCAUAUAAACAAUUUGAUUCAAGGGGCCGAAGGAGGUACAGGCCUAGUCAACCAAAGCGCGAAUCCUUCUCUACCAGCAAUUCCGGCAGAAAAGCAGAGCACGCCGGAUAGAUCGAAAGGAGCUAUUCCCAAACAGACACCGGUUUCGUCGAAGGUACCAAAUAGCAUAUUCGUGCCAAGUCAGGCCCAACAAGGUGAGGGGCCCACAAUCGUUGUGUCGAAGAAGGAGUGGGACGAGAUGAAAAGCGCGUUAGCUGACUUAAUGGGACGACUUAACAGCAACCAGCCUGGUGCAGUGGUGCGGCCUCGAGAGCAAACUGAGCAGAUGGGAUACGUAGUCAGACGCGAAGAAGGUGACAAGCCGAUACAUGGUCAAUGGAAUCCGACACCAAGGUACCACAUUCGGAACAGGGACUCAGAUUCGAGUGACGAGGAUAGGCGGCGGGAUGUACCGCGGUCACACGAAUUACGACGAAAUAACCACAGGCAGAGAAGUGACACGGAUGGCUCGGAGGUACACUCGACAAGUAGAUACAGCGACCAUCGCGAUCGAGAUGGGGAUCGAGAUAGACAUCAUCACAGACGGACCGAAGGCUACGGGCGAGUAGAGAAGUGGAAGCUACGGUUCAGCGGAGAUCCCAGAUUGAUGUCGGUUGAGAGUUUUUUGUAUAAAGCUAAGAAAUUAGCUGAAAGAGAGGGAGUGCCGAGGCAAGUUUUGUUAAGGGACAUACACAUGCUACUAGAAGGAUCAGCAUCGGACUGGUUCUUCACGUACGUGGACGACCUGGACACAUGGGAAGCGUUCGAGGCCGGUAUAACCUUCCGGUUUGGGAACCCAAACAUGGACCAAGGGAUACGAUCCAAAAUACAGGAUCGCAGGCAACAGCGCGGAGAGCCAUUUAUUGCUUUUGUUUCCGAAAUAGAGAAGCUAAAUCGGAUGCUGUCCCAGCCGCUGUCGAGAAGGCGGAAGUUCGAGGUGAUUUGGGACAAUAUGCGUCAACAUUACAGGUCCAAAAUAUCAAUUGUGGAGGUAAAAGACCUACAGCAAUUGAUUAAACUGAACCAUAGAAUUGACGCAGCAGAUCCACAACUUCAGCAGAUUUCAGAGGGACCGAUUCGCCGCCCAGUUAACCAAAUCGAUGCCGAGUACAGCGACAGUGAAAUGGAACAAGAAGCAUCGAUUAAUGCAGUUCAGGGUCGAAGUAACGGCGAACAGAUGAGGUUGAAUGGGAGGUCUAAUCUUCGACCAACUAGGGAGCUUCACACAGCAGUAGGACAACAGGCUCAGUCGAAUUCGCUAGGAGCCUGCUGGAAUUGUCAAGAAAUGGGACAUGCUUGGCGACAGUGCGUGAAGCCGAAGCUGAUUUUCUGUUAUGGCUGGAAACGCCUAACGGGAUGGGAACUCGGGAGCUCGCUCAUCCCGACGAAAAAUAAGAUUCCCGACAGCACGCUCAAUGCAUUACAAUUUGACCCGCUCACACAAGUCUACCAUAUUAAGAUCCAAGUCAGCAAAUGCCCGCACAUCAAAAUUAAAAUAUUCGAUGCCGAAAUAGAAGCUUUACUCGAUUCAGGAGCGGGCAUCAGCAUUCUGAACUCUCUCGACAUAAUAAAUCGAUUUAGCUUACAAAUUCAGCCAGCAGCGAUACGGGUAUCCACCGCUGAUGGAACAAAUUAUGAAUGUCUUGGCAGUUUAAAUCUGCCGUUGACGUACAAAAAUGUGACAAAAGUCAUUCCAAUAAUCGUGGUCCCGGAAAUCUCCCGACAGCUGAUUUUAGGUGCAGAUUUUUGGGACGCGUUUAACAUUAAACCCAUGAUCGACUUGGGGUGCGGGCCAGAGGAGUUAGAGACGGUAAUUCAAAAUACAAACACACAGUUGUGUUUCACAGUCGAACCGGGUGAUAGUAACGUGCAGAUAGUAGACGAAGAGGACGAUACUCUCGACAUUCCAGUAUACGAAGGGCCGACCGAAUCCACACCGGAUCCGGACGGGAUAGAAACGGAGCAUAAUUUAUCCGCGGAAGAACGUAGAAAUCUGAUAGACGUAAUCAAGACCUUCGAACUCACAUCUACAGGAGUAUUGGGUCGAACACACCUGAUAGAGCACAAGAUAACGUUGAAGAAAGGCGCCAUACCGCGUAAUCCUCCGGUUUACAAGUGCUCACCGUACGUACAAACGGCGGUGAACGCGGAACUGGAACGGUUUCGGAAAUUGGACGCGAUUGAGGAAUGCCAGUCAGAAUGGACAAACCCGUUAGUGCCGGUUCUAAAAAAGGAUGGCAAAGUACGUGUUUGUCUAGAUUCGAGGAAGAUUAACAAACUGACCAUUAAAGAUACCUAUCCAAUGAAAAAUAUGCAAGACAUAUUUCAUCGAUUGGAAAAGGCAAGAUAUUUCUCGGUGAUCGACCUCAAAGACGCCUAUUUCCAAAUUCCACUGGAACCGAAGGUAUUUGUGUACCUAGACGACAUAGUGAUCGCGUCAGAAACCUUCAAAGAGCAUUUAAAACUCUUAAAGAUUGUAGCUGAAAGAUUACGAAAGGCAAAUCUGACAAUAUCGCUCGAUAAAUCUCGUUUUUGCCGCAAACAGGUUGUGUAUUUGGGAUACUUGUUAAACGAGCACGGAGUAGCGAUAGGCAGCAGCAGAAUUGAACCGAUUCUAAAUUAUGCGAGGCCCAAGUCGCAGCAGGACAUUCGGAGGUUAAUGGGGUUAGCCGGAUUUUAUCAGAGGUUUAUACAAAACUAUAGUAAAAUCACGGCCCCCAUUACGGACUUACUGUCUAAGGAGCACAAACGAUUUACAUGGACGAAAGAAGCGGAGAAAGCGUUUAACGAACUGAAGUCGGUGCUAACGUCAGCGCCAAUUCUGGGAAACCCGGACUUUACAAAAAAGUUCACUAUCGAGUCGGAUGCGUCUGAUCGAGCCGUCGGAGCGGCAUUGGUCCAAGAGCAAGAAGGAGAAACCCGCGUAAUUAGCUAUUUUAGCAAAAAGCUAAACCGAACACAACGUCGAUAUGCAGCAGUGGAGAAAGAAUGCUUAGGGGUAUUAUCGGCUAUCCACCACUUCCGGCACUACGUCGAAGGAACAAAAUUUAGAGUCGUGACCGACGCCAGAAGCCUUUUGUGGCUUUUUAAUCUAGGUACAGAGACCGGAAACGCUAAACUUCUUAGAUGGGCACUUCGCAUUCAGGCUUACGAUUUUGACCUCGAGUACCGAAAGGGGAAGAGCAACAUCCUGGCUGAUUGUUUGUCACGAGCAGUGGAAAUUGACACGAUCGCAGUAUCCUAUUCAGAUCCAGAGCAGGACGAGUUGAUGGAGAAGAUCCGAGAGGACCCCGCCAAAAAUAGCGACUGGCGAAUAAUAGACGAUAAGUUGUACCGGUACGUUAGAGGCUCAAAUCGACAAAGUGACUCACGGUUCGCGUGGAAAUAUUACCCUCCCAGUAGCCAGCGCACGGAAAUCAUGCGAAAGGAGCAUGAAAAAGCUCACUUUGGGUUUGCCAAAACAUUGGCUGCGUUGAAACAGCAUUUUUAUUGGAAAAAAAUGAACGAAGACAUUCGAAAUUUCUGUCGCGAAUGUUUAAAAUGCCAAUCAAGCAAAGCGGGGAACCAAAACGUAACCCCACCAAUGGGAAUUCAGAAACCGGUACAAUAUCCGUGGCAAUUCGUGACUCUGGACUACGUUGGCCCAUUGCCACCCUCUGGGCGGAAUCGCAACACGUGCCUACUAGUUGCCACCGACGUGUUCAGCAAGUUUGUGCUGGUACAACCUUUUCGCGAAGCUAAGGCAAACUCAUUAGUGGAGUUUGUCGAGAACAUGAUCUUCCGUCUGUUCGGUGUACCGGAGAUCAUGUUAACGGACAACGGCUCACAGUUCGUAUCGAAAGCUUUUAAAGCGCUGCUCGAUUCGUACCACGUCACCCACUGGCUCACACCCGCUUACCACCCCCAGGUAAACAACACCGAGAGGGUGAAUCACGUCAUUACCACAGCUAUUCGCGCAACGAUAAAAAAGGAUCACAGCCAUUGGGCCGACAACAUUCAACUGAUUGCAGAUGCAAUUAGAACUGCAGUACAUGACUCUACGAAGUACGAUCCCUACUUCGUAGUAUUCGGUAGAAACAAAGUGUCUGACGGUCGGGAAUACAGCUGGAUAAGAGACAAUUAUGAACCAAGCGGGGAAGAAGGGAAUGCGAAAGAGGAGAGGAAGAAAUUGUUCGAAGAGGUCAAAACGAACCUGGCAGCUGCGUACCAGAAACACGCCAAAACCUACAACCUUCGGUCUAACGCCCAAUGUGCAACAUACGACGUGGGGGAAAGAGUAUGGAAGCAGACUUUUGAACUUUCAGAUAAGGGGAAAGGGUUUUGCAAGAAAUUAGCUCCAAAAUACGAGCCAGCCGUGGUUCGGAAAGUACUCGGGUCCAAUACCUACGAACUAGAAGACGAUGCAGGGAAAAGAUUAGGGGUCUACUUCGCGAACAAACUAAAAAAGAUGCAUUCUCAUCUAAGCCAACAAUAA